GUACACAAGCAGCUCCUAUUUUGGGCAACGACAUUGAAUUUGGAAUAUUGGAUGUACUUGCAUGUUCUACACCUCUCUCCUAUAGAAAAGGAAGACAGUCGUUCUGUAGUAACACUCGACGUACGAACUGUACCACGGCAUUGAUAUCACGACCAGUAUACGAAUAGUGCAUCGCAUGAUCAAGACGUGCUGGUGAAUUUUACUGAUAUAUCUUAGCAGGUUCACCUGGAAGUAUACGCCGUACCUUUGCAAUGUCACGAGCAGGUUACGAACGCCUUCCUAUGCAUACUGUGCCGGAACCAGGUCCACCGCGCUCUCGUUCUCGUUCCCGUUCUCGUUCGCGCCCUCACUCAUUCCAUAUCCCUAUAACCAUCCGCUCAUGGGAUUUCACCAAGCUCUUGAAAAUCGCGCUUGCGCUUGCUGUGGCUGUUAUACUAUACACGUUUUACUUCUACGAGCCGCACAUCGAAAUCACCUUCUACUCGCGCAAGUGGAUAAACAGCGAAAUCGAGCCCGUGGGACAACUGGCUGGAUGUUUUAAUGAGGGAAGGAUUAGUGCAGAAUAUAACGCUUCUAGGUACUUGGAAGGGCCGAAGAAAGUAGAGGUGCAUGCUGGGAUGGGAAUGAGACUUGGGAUGGACUGCUAUGAGUUUGCUGCGACAAUUCCGCGAUCGACUAGUACCAUGGUGGACAGCAGGCCUUACUUAGCUCCGGAUGAGAGGACACAGUACCAUACGUACUGGCGCGUAGACCUCGCACCUUUCUCAGAGCGGCAGGAGUGGAUGCUCAAGUCCUUUUUUGCGACUCAGGAUCACGCAGCCUCGAGACUUGUUAUGUGGUCAAAUGGGGACUUGUCGACGAACUCUAUACUUGCAUCAUAUGCCAACAUGUACCCGAAUUCGUUCGAGAUGCGGGUGGUGGAUAUCCCGAAACUGGCGAGUGGAACUGCGUUGGACGGGAGUCCAUUGCUGAAGACAAAUGACAAGAAAGCAUGGACGGACGGCGAUCUUGUCAGAUUGCUAGUCAUAUGGAAUUAUGGGGGUGUGUGGAUUGAUAUGGAUUCACUAUUGACCCGAGACCUUUCUCCUCUACUUGAGCACGAGUUCGUCACGCAGUGGGAUUGCUACGACAAGAUUUAUCAGCCGUUAAACGGCGCCCUGAUGCAUUUCCACAAACACUCUCCAUAUCUUUGUGAAGCAUUCAAUAUCAUGGCGACUUCAGCAGCUCCUCGUGCUGAUUCUACAGACUGGGGCGCACUGCUUUACCUCAAGCUCUGGCGCCGUCUCCUGGGUGCUCAUAUUCCGCCUUUCAAAGUCCUUCCAUUUUGUUUCUCAGAUGCCCGAUCCUGCAGAUUGGAUAACAGGUUGCCUGAUCCAUUUGAUGAGGAUGAUGGCAGUGAGGCACGGUGGUGGCGUGCUACGAAAGACGGGCUGCAGGAGGACGGAGACCUAGAUGAUGCGCUUAGGAAUAUGUUUGCUGUGCAUCUCCAUAACCAAUGGGACAAGACAUUCCGAAAGGGGGCUGGGUGGAGAGGUUACUUCUCAAGAGGUACGAGGAGAAACUUGCGGAGAGGGAGGGUUUGUAGAUCGCGAAUUAUAUUAUUUGACACUGCACGGACAUAACCGCAGAUAGUUUGCCUCAGCUAUUCGAUGAUUUAUAUACCACAUGUUUAUUCGUAAUAUCAGUUUUGCGCGAAUCUUUCAGAACCCCAUGACUAUCGCCCCUAUGAAAUCAUAAACUUGGACGAGGGCUAGACCAGCACUAACCUAUGAAUUUAACAAGUCAAUCCUCGCCAAUGCAUGAGUCAAGGAAUAU